UGCAACAUGUACGUACCAGGCAUGAUUUGCUUUACUUUGGUAGUGAGCCUUCUUUUGGCUCAGACUGAAGGCAGGGCUUUCAAUAAUGCUCAAUCGCGUGAGAAGCGACAAACAUCCGGUUGUGAUGGAGGUCAAAGGUAUGACAACUUCGGCCCAAUUUCCACCAACAUUGGCGGCGAGUACGGCAACAACGAGAACUGCUGCUGGGACAUCGUGCCUGACGUUCAAGGGCCAUGGACAAUCACAUUCCAGUUUGAUAUGUUUGACGUGGAAAGUAGCUCUGGUUGUAUAUAUGAUGCCCUCACAUUCGACACGGACGAUGGGCCUGUGAAGGAGUGCGGACAGAAGACGAAUUUCUCAAGGACAUUCACGGUCACAGGAAGUCAGUUCCAAGUGUGUUUUAGCAGCGACGGCUCCGUCACCAAAGAAGGCGUCAGUGGAACCUACGGAAUAGUGAGCACACACACCACGUCCUACCCAGACUACACCACAAACUACCCUGAAUAUACCACAUCCAAUCCUUACUACGUCACAUCCUACCCUGACUAUGGCAUAUACUACCCUGACUACGUCACAUCCUACCCUGAAUACACUACAUCCAAUGCUUACUACGUCACAUCCUACCCUGAAUACACCACAUCCAAUCCUUACUACGUCACAUCCUACCCUGACUAUGGCAUAUACUACCCUGACUACGUCACAUCCUACCCUGAAUACACCACAUCCAAUCCUUACUACGUCACAUCCUACUCUGAAUACACCACAUACUAUCCUGAAUACACCACAUCCUACCCUGACUACGCCACAUACUAUCCUGAGUACACCACAGCCUACCCUGAGUAUCCACAAGAACCAACCAUGAGGAACACUUCCGGAUGUACCGGAGGUGAAGUCACUAGCUCUUAUGGAUAUUUCACGACAAAUGGGGAAGAUCAAUAUGAAAACAACGAGCAGUGUUGCUGGCACUUCCAGUCUCCCCUGCCUGAGGGCAUGGGGUGGCGGGUGGGCCUGGAGCUGGACCUAGUGGAUGUGGAAUUAAGCACCAACUGCGUGUAUGACGCACUGACAUUUACCUGGGAUAAUCAGACUGAGUCGUCGCUGUGUGGAAGGAAUAUCACUGACUUCAGGAACACAUUCAAUGUGACGGGUGCUGAAUUCGAAAUGUGUUUCCGCAGUGAUAGCUCUGUCACCGGCCGUGGUGUAAGAGGCUUCUACUCUGUAUACCCAGCGGAACCCUCUGGUUUGUUGGGCAAUACUAGCUACUACGGCAACCAUGGCAGCAUCAGUAUCAACGAUGAUAACAACUACAGCAACAACCAGGACGUCUGUUAUCUUCUUAGACCAAGCUUCACCGGGUCGGGCAUUAUCACCUUCGUCUUCAACGUGUUUGACAUCGAGGAGGCCACCGGCUGCGUGUUUGACUAUAUUGAGUUUGAUGACGUUAACACAAAACUGAGGGAGUGUGGCACUGUAGAUGCGGGGACCCAGAGAGAGUUUGAAUUCCACGACGGUCGUUUCAAUGUUUGCUUCCACUCCGAUGGAUCAGUGACAGGACGGGGUGUCCAGGCCACGUAUUCCAUGAAUCCAGUUCGAGAGGUUGAAUCUUUUGAGACAACACUAUAUCCAGUGGACGUUAUCUUUAACGCAACGAUGUCAACUAAUUUCACAGAAGCGACAAUGCUACCAGUGAAUACAACCGUGAACGCUACAAGUCUCCUCAACACCGAGGAAAAUACCUGCACCCAAGUCCUGACAUCAGAUGUUGGCACCCUGACAAGCCCCGGCAAUGGCAGCUACGCCAACAACGUGCAGUGUGUCACUGUCAUCACAGGCCCCAGUGUACCAUACACCUUGGUCCUCAGCUUCACAACGUUUGACCUCGAGGACUCAUCCACCUGUAGAUACGACUACCUGGAGGUUGAUAUGGGCGAUGGCUACAGCCAGAAGGGAUGUGGAUCAAGAUGGGACAACAGCACAGUGGAGUACAUUUCAGAAGGAGGUAACGUCACAGUGACAUUUUCUUCUGACUCCAGUCAGACAGGAGCAGGAUACAGCGCCACAUACACCAUCCAACCAAGAGGUGUUCCGUCCUUGAAUGAUAGCGACUGUACAUACAUCAACACCAACGUCUCUAUGGGCGUCCUCCAAAGUCUCCCCGGUACCGGCAGUAACUACCCCAACAACAUGGACUGCUCAUACGUGUUCACUCGUAAUACCCCCUUCCAUCUGGACAUUAACUUCAUCGCCCUCGACACAGAGUCUUCGAGCAACUGCCGCUACGACUACGUCCAGGUUGGGGAUGAUAAAUACUGUGGAAGCGAUUUGCCCAACGCAACGAGAGUGUCAGUCGAUGAAAUAGCUACCAUCCGCUUCAGGAGUGACGGCAGUGUUACUGGGAAGGGCUUUGUGGCUCUCUUCAGUCUCGUAGAUGACUGCAACUUCGACAGUGAAGAUCUUGAGGGCACCUAUACCCUGGCCACUAAUUUCCUUGACACUUACGAUAACAACCAGCACUGUGAGAUCACUCUCCGGUCUCCUCCCACCCCUCACAUCACCACUGUCAACUUCACCCGUUUUGACAUCGAGGACGAGUCGGGUUGCGACUAUGACAGUUUAACAAUAACAAGUGAUGACGCCACCGAGAAGUUGUGUGGAGCAAAGGAGUCCUUUAUCCGACAAUACACUGGGCCAACAGUUGACAUGACAUUUACCAGUGACGGAAGUGUUCAGCGUGGCGGCUUUUCUUUUAAUUAUUUCACUGAUCUUGUCUACUGCAAUGCAACUAUUAACGCCACAUCCGGAACCUUUGAGUCACAGCCUGGUGCUUACGAGAGCAACAUGUACUGCACCUACACCAUCAACACCCCCACUCCUGGUGACCUAGUCUUCACCUUCCCAUUGUUUGACGUUGAGUCAGCCAGCAGCUGCCGAUACGACGCUGUUGAGAUGGCAGGAGACAAGCUGUGUGGAACAAACAUCCAAGACAAGACGUACCGUACUGAUGGUCAUUUCCAGUUCGUCUUCACAAGUGAUGGAUCCGUAAAUGGAGAAGGUUUCACGAUUGACUUCAGUUUCUUCCCAGACGAAAUUCAAUAUUAGAGACAUGGGUCCUUUACCAAGAGAUGGAAGACAUGCUCAAUAAAUCACUUUAAUGACAA